AUGGAUCCUGGUGGUGGAAGUCUUAGACUGCAAACACAAGAAUCCAAAAUGCCUCACACUAUGAUUAUGCAGGAUUUUGUGGCUGGAAUGGCUGGCACUGCUCAUAUUGAUGGAGACCAUAUUGUUGUAUCAGUCCCCGAAGCUGUCCUAGUUUCUGAUGUUGUUACCGAUGAUGGAAUAACUCUUGAUCAUGGCUUAGCAGCUGAAGUUGUCCAAGGACCUGACAUCAUCACUGAAACUGAUGUUGUAACAGAAGGUGUAAUUGUUCCUGAUUCUGUUUUGGAAGCUGAUGUUGCCAUUGAAGAAGCAUUAGAUACCAGUGAUCAUGUUUUGACUUCUGAUCUAAUAACAGAAACCGUUAGAGUUCCUGAUCAGGUUUUUGUGGCUGAUCUUGUUACGGGUCCUGAUGGACAUUUGGAGCAUGUGGUGCAAGACUCUGUGUCAGGAGCUAACUCACCUACAAUGGUUUCAGAAGAAGUUCUUGUAACGAACUCAGAUUCUGAGGCAGUCAUUCAAGCAGCUGGUACUGUUCCUGGCUCCACAGUGACUAUAAAAACAGAAGAUGAUGAUGAUGGCAAGAGUACAUCUGAAGACUACUUAAUGAUAUCUUUGGAUGAUGUUGGAGAAAAAUUGGACCAUAUAGGAAGCACUCCCUUAAAAAUCAGUACCGAGGUGACAAACGAUGAUGUUGCUAAAGAUGAUGGGUUUGGUUCAGAAGUUAUCAAAGUGUACAUAUUUAAAGCUGAAGCCGAAGAUGAUGUUGAAAUAGGUGGGACAGAAAUUGUCACAGAGAGCGACUUUCACAAUGGACAUUCUGUAGCUGGAGUAAUUGAACAAGGAGGUGUUGGUAGAAUGCAACGAGAAAAAAUGGUUUACAUGGCUGUUAAGGACUCUUCUCAGGAAGAUGAAGAUAUCAGCUGUGCUGAAAUAGCAGAUGAAGUUUAUAUGGAAGUUAUUGUAGGUGAAGAAGAAGCUACAUCGCUUCCAGACACACAGAUUGAAGACUCUAGCGUGAAUAAAACUUUUGUCCCUGUUGCUUGGGCUGCUGCUUACGGAGAUGAAAGAAGGGUACCCAGAAGAUACGAAGAUGGUCAAGCGGCAGGGAAUAACUUGGAUACACGAUUAGAAAACAAAAACGGUAAUGCAACACAGUACCUGCAGAUUUGUGAUAGCAUUAGCACUAAUAGAGUGCUCAAACAAAAAACCAAGAAAAGGAGGAGAGGAGAGGCCAGGCAAUGGCAAACAGCUGUUAUAAUAGGUCCUGAUGGACAGCCCUUAACAGUUUACCCUUGUCAUAUUUGUGGGAAAAAAUUUAAAUCCAGAGGAUUCUUGAAAAGGCACAUGAAGAAUCAUCCAGAUCACAUGAUCAAGAAGAAGUACCAGUGUACAGACUGUGACUUUACAACCAACAAAAAAGUAAGUUUCCACAAUCACCUGGAAAGCCAUAAACUUAUAAAUAAAGUUGAUAAAACCCAUGAGUUUACAGAAUACACGAGAAGAUACAGAGAAGCAAGCCCCUUGAGCUCUAAUAAACUCAUACUGAGGGACAAAGAGCCUAAACUGCACAAGUGCAAAUAUUGUGACUAUGAAACUGCAGAGCAGGGACUACUCAACAGACAUCUGCUCGCAGUUCACAGUAAGAACUUCCCACAUGUAUGUGUGGAGUGUGGGAAAGGAUUCCGUCACCCAUCAGAGCUGAAAAAGCAUAUGAGGACCCACACUGGGGAAAAGCCAUACCAGUGUCAGCACUGUGUCUUCAGGUGUGCUGAUCAGUCCAACCUGAAAACCCACAUCAAAACCAAACACGGGACUGAUCUGCCCUUUAAAUGCGAGCACUGUCCCCAGGCGUUCACAGACGAGAAAGAACUGCAGCAGCACACAGAGUUAUUCCAAGGGCAUAAGACUCACCAGUGUCCUCAUUGUGACCAUAAGAGCACCAAUUCGAGUGACCUGAAGCGACACAUUAUUUCAGUGCACACAAAGGAUUUUCCCCACAAGUGCGAGGUCUGUGAGAAAGGCUUCCACCGCCCGUCCGAGCUCAAAAAGCAUAGCGAGACCCAUAAAGGUAAAAAGGUCCAUCAGUGUAGGCACUGUGACUUCAAAACCUCAGAUCCUUUUGUACUUAGCGGGCACAUCCUCUCGGUUCACACCAAGGACCUGCCUUUUAAAUGCAAAAGAUGUAAAAGAGGAUUUAGGCAGCAAACUGAACUGAAGAAGCACAUGAAGACCCACAGCGGGAGGAAGGUUUAUCAGUGCCAGUAUUGUGAGUACAGCACCACGGACGCGUCGGGCUUCAAGCGGCAUGUCAUAUCCAUACACACUAAAGACUACCCACACAGGUGUGAGUAUUGCAAAAAGGGAUUCCGUAGGCCAUCUGAAAAAAAUCAGCAUAUAAUGAGGCACCACAAAGAGGCCAUCCUGUAAUAUAUCAUCUCCAGAAGGAAGCAAUUUAGAAACUGUGAUAUGCUAAUUGGGGAAAAAAAAAAAUCUCUCAUGAACUGUUUCUCCUGGUUUCAAAGCUUGAUAUUAAAUCAUAACUUUACAUUCUUUGUAUUAAAAGUCUUAAAAGUAUUAGGGUUGACAGGGGAUCUCAUAGCCCUAUGAUUGUUGCUUAUCAGAACCUGAAGAGCACUGUGGAAUGCGGAAGGAUGGAUGAAUGUCUUAAAUUUGCAGAAAGAUGGAUGAAUGUCUUCAGAGUA